GAAAUAACCAAAUCCACUAAUUUGAAGGGGUGUCCACAUACUUUUGUAUAUAUAGUGUAUAACGUUGCGUUAUUAAGCUAAGUGACAACCUGAUGGAAAUGCACUCAAUAAUGGCACAGUGACAACCGGAUGGAAAUGCACCCAAUGAUGGCAAACUGCUUAUGCCAUAUUCUAAACUUAAUCAUAAGCAGAUAGCUAUGUCCAUUGACAGUAAAAUAAUAGUCUGCCCUCCCUAUAGACUCAUCUUGAAACUAACCUAGGUGCAUACACAUAAUACACAUUUUAUAAUUUGCAAUAUUCACUGGUUGAGGGUCCAUGCCAGCCACAUUUUGGGAACAAACAUCACUCGCCUCCCUUUCUCUUCUAUGACGUAUCAAGCUACCACACAACCCCUAGGUCAUCAUCACUGCAAUGAGGUCACAUCAGCUGACCCAGGGAAUCUAACCUUGCUACAGAGCAAGAUGUUAGGACAAUAGCUAGCCUACAUAAAUAUGAACAAUGCAAUGCAGCAGUACACAGGAUUGCUGGGGAUCCUCCAUAGCGUGUGUGUGUAGCAGAAGAGCGUCAGCUCAAGGCAACUGCCUGUCUCGGCAGUGGAGUAUCCGUAGCCCUGUGUGUGUGUGUGUGCAUGUCUGCAGUUCAAUGUCUGUGAUUGCCACUGUUUCAGUAGCUAAGUGUGUGUGUGUCUCCCUCUCUUAUUGUCAGAUAGAGCAUCUGUAGCUGAGCAGAAGGAUGGAGAGUUUGGGAUUGCAGACUGUUGCCCUCAGUGACGGCUCCACUGCCUACAUUGAACAAGCCAUCAAAGAUGGCAACCUAGUGGAAGGCGAUACAAUUCAGUUGGAGGAUGGUACUACAGCCUACAUCCACCAGGUCACUGUACAGCAGAAAGAGCCCCUGCCCUUUGAGGACGGACAGGCAGUGCAGCUCGAGGACGGGACCACCGCAUACAUCCACCACACACCCAAAGACGGGUAUGAUCCCAGUGCGGUGGAGGCGGUGCAGCUGGAGGAUGGCAGCACAGCAUACAUCCACCACCCCUCGGGCCUGCAGGCUGGCAGCACCAUCCUGACUUUGCAGCCAGGGGGUGCCCUGGAGGAGCUGGCUGCAGACGACACUGUGGACACAGACACCAUCACCACCCUGGAGAACUAUGCCAAGAUGACGGGGUCUGAGGUGGAGGUGGAUGAGACCAUGAGCAGUACCAAUGGACUCCAGGACAUAGAGCCUAUUGUACAGGUGAUGGGGUCAUGGGGUUCCCCUAAGGGUCAGCAGACGGCUGAGAAGACAUUCCGCUGUGACUACGAGGGCUGUGGACGUCUCUACACCACAGCACACCACCUCAAGGUGCAUGAGAGGGCUCACACGGGUGUCCGGCCAUACAGGUGUGAUGUGCUGACGUGUGGAAAGGCAUUCGCUACGGGUUACGGGCUGAAGAGUCACCUGCGGACACACACUGGAGAGAAACCAUACAAGUGUCCUGAAGACAUGUGCUUCAAGGCCUUCAAAACAUCCGGAGACCUCCAGAAACACGUCCGCACACACACAGGUGAGAAGCCGUUUAAGUGUCCGUUUGAGGGGUGUGGCCGUUCCUUCACCACCUCUAACAUCAGGAAGGUCCACAUCAGAACACACACGGGAGAGCGCCCCUACAUGUGCCCUGAACCCUCCUGUGGACGAGGCUUUGCCAGUGCCACCAACUACAAGAACCACAUGAGAAUACACACAGGAGAGAAGCCCUACCUGUGUACAGUGCCUGGUUGUGGGAAGCGAUUUACAGAGUACUCCAGCCUGUACAAGCACCAUGUGGUUCACACACACUGCAAACCUUACACCUGCAACCACUGUGGCAAGACCUACAGACAGACCUCCACGCUGGCAAUGCACAAACGCACCACGCAUGGAGACUUUGAGGCCACAGAGGACGGGGAAGAAGCGAUGGAUGACCAAUCACAGGCUUCCUUCCUGGAGGGGGCGGUGCAGAAAGAGGAUGGGUCGGAUUCCCAGGUUAUCAUCGGUUCUCAGGUGGGUUUGUCGACAGAGGACCUACAGGCACUCAGCACGGCCAUCACCAUGGUAACACAGGACGGCACAACCAUUUCCCUGCCGACCCACCAGACGGACAUGACCGCCAUGGGACACCACCACAUCACUAUGGUUACAGGGGAGGGCAAGGAGCUGCAGCCGGUUGCCAUAGUGACAUCGGAGGGUAUUAUGACAGGCGGCUCGCAGGGCUCUGGCCCUCACUACCAGCAGGUGGCGCUGCUGGCCACAGCUAACGGCACCCAGAUUGCUGUUCAGCUGGAGGAGCAGCAGACGUUAGAGGAGGCCAUCAGCAUGGCGACAGCUGCCAUCCAGCAGGGAGGGCUGGUUCAGGAUGAGGAAACAUGAGAGGAGGGCUGCUGAGACACACCUACCCCCAAACAGAGCAUCUUUCCCAGGGUACAACACAGCACCUGCUCCCCUUAGCGCCAACCAGCUCCACCCACUCCUGGAGCCCUGUCUCCUGCCACAAACACAGAGUGAGCGGGACUCCUAUCUCGGAACUCAGAACCAAUCAGAGAGAGAGAAGCCGUUGUCAUGGAGACUGGGUUAAGAAUGUUCAGAUGUGAGCAUGAGCAGAUCAUUCUUUGUUUGUUUGUUUUAGCAUAUUCAUCCUGCUGCUUCUGAGAAGCAGCACCCGCACUAAAGCUAGUUCCAGUUUAGAUUUGACCUCUAGUCUUCAUAAUCAUGAUACAAUAAUGGAUAAAAGCGUCUGCUAAAUGGCAUAUCAUGAUACAAGAACGUUUGUUUUGGUUUUGUAUUUCUCUGACUGCAAGGAGUUUUCCAGAACCAGUACUGUUUACUUCUGCGUCUACUCACGGAGCUCUAAAACUCUGAAGUUUUGGUUUGGAGAGUUCUCUUGAACAGAUGGAUUCUUUCAACUGAAACACUUGUGAAACUGUUUACAGAGGUAGACUUUCCGUCUGAGGAGCUAAAGGUUAGCUUGUCUACGUCAUUGAAGAAAUGAACUGCAAAACUACAGAGCCCAAUAUCAGUGGUAUCAAGCUGUGAUGUGUAUCUGGAUCUAUGCUGAAGUUGCUGAGGUGUACAUUUGUCAAUAAAUAGCUUUACCUUU